AGUUACGGCUGUAAGGUAUCCGAUCGAUAAUCUGACAUCCUCUUCUGAUCAUAGGGAGAAUGUGACUUGGCAUCAUGACACCGAUAUACAAACUCGUGUCUUGGGUUUGGUCCUAUAUAGAUCCAAGACAAUGACCGCCCUUCAUGAUGUUUGCUGUCCCAAGCCAUUCUAUUUCCAUCUCCUUAACUUCCCAGGCAUUGCUUUGCAUUGUGACCUGAAUUUCGAACAUACCACUUACCUCUUAACCCAUCAUCGUGGUAGCAAAUCCUGCAACCACCAUCUUGAUAUUCUGGCUUUCCUCAACCGCAUGGCAGACCUAGACACCCGUCAGCUACCAUCCAGCAAUUUCAGCGGCAACAACCUUGUUGUUGUUGAAGAAGAGCAUAGACAAGAUGACGAAGCAAUGGGAAGACCACAGACAUAUCAUCAUCCGGGAAUACAAGGACAACAACAAGCCUCUUCAUGAGGUAAAGAAGUUCAUGGAGGAACGGUAUCGGUUUAGAGCUUCGUCGCGCUUCGAUCGAUGGAGGGUUCGCAAGUAUACGAGUCGCAAGCGAAGAGAUUCCUUCGCAGCCAAAUCCGAUAAAUCUGUGUUAUCCGAGUCAUCAGAUGAUGGUACCGGCUCGCCACCCCCAUCAUCAAGUCCCAUCCAUAGACGAGGGAGCAGCAGCCGACAAGAACACCCGUCGAUCCAUUACAUCGGUUCGGGCAUGUACGAAUCGACGACUCCAACGGAAGUUUCUUUGAGGUAAGUUCUCUGUUUUUCGCAUGUCAUCGGCAAGACGGCAAGACAAGGCAAGAGAGGGCAUCAAG